AUGGGCACUUACAAUAGAGCAAAAGCUUAUUUUUACUGGCCUCACAUGAAGGAAGAGAUAUUCUCAUUUGUUGCUGCCUGUGAUGUUUGCCAAUGCAACAAAACUGAUCAUUCUUCUCCUGUUGGAUUAUUGCAACCUCUUCCCAUUCCUGAGAGAGCAUCGCUACACAUUUCUAUGGAUUUCAUAGAGGGUUUACCAAUUAGCCAGGGAAUUCAUGCACCAUAUUUUCAAACUUCAUGGUCUUCCAAGCUCCAUAUAUCUGACAGGGAAAAGUGGUUAUCCCUUGCUGAAUGGUGGUUUAACACCAACUACCAUACCAGUUUGAAGAUGACACCAUUUCAGGCUUUAUAUGGCUACAUUCCCACAUACAUGGCUUUUCCAAUGCAAACUACUACCUCUGUGGCAACUGUACAAGAAUAUCUUCAGGAAAGAUACCAUAUGCUGCAACUACUCAGGGAAGAUCUUAUUCAAUCCCAACACAGAAUCAAACAUUUUGCUGAUAUUAAGAGGACUAACAGAUCUUUUACAUAG